AUGGACCAUGUUAAUGAUGCUGAUGCAAUGGUCGACGACUAUGAGCAGUUCGAGAACAAUGACCGGACAGACGUGGUCGUCGUUUCGCCCGCCGGCUCAACCUCGAACGAUGUAGAUAUGGAACCACUUCUCGCCAACGACUACGAGGCGAUGAUGGCAAAGGCCCUUCCAGCCGACCCGGAUCUAGAAGUCGAGGCGGAGUCAUAUCACACAUGGCAUAUCAAGAACUGGACGAAGCUGCCGCGGAGAGAACAUGGACCCAAGUUUGAAUGUGCCGGAGCACCAUGGAGAAUAUUAUUUUUCCCCUAUGGUAACCAGGUAGAGUAUGCGUCGUUCUACUUGGAACAUGGCUGGGAGGAUAAUGCGCCGGAGGACUGGUAUGCUUGCGUACAGUUUGCCUUGGUUCUAUGGAACCCAAACCACCCAGACAUAUAUAUAUCAAACAGAGCGUCUCACAGAUUUAAUGCGGAAGAGUCGGACUGGGGCUUCACGCGAUUCGCUGAACUACGGAGACUGUUUCAACACAUCCACGAUGAUAGAGGCGUGCCGCUCGUGGAGAACCAGGAAGCCUGCCUCACGGCUUAUGUGCGGGUGGUGAAGGAUCCGACAGGUGUCCUAUGGCAUAGCUUCCAAAACUAUAAUUCCAAGAAAGAGACUGGCAUGGUCGGCCUUAGAAACCAGGGUGCAACCUGCUACCUUAACUCCCUCCUCCAGUCCUUGUUUUUUACCAAUGCAUUCCGAAAGGCCGUAUACCAAAUCCCUACGGAAGAUGAAGCAAGCAAAAAGAACAGUGCCUGGACUCUGCAGCGCUUAUUCUAUUCACUCCAAACAUGCGACACUCCCGUUUCAACAUCCGAACUCACAGAGUCCUUUGGAUGGAAAUCGAGAGUCAUCUUUGAACAGCAGGACGUCCAGGAGCUCUCUCGUUUGUUGAUGGAAAAAUUAGAGGCGCAAAUGAAAGGCACACCUGCAGAAUUAGCGCUCCCAAACCUUUUCGUGGGAAAGACAAAAACAUAUAUAUCUUGCAUUAACGUCGACUAUGAAUCGUCCCGGAUAGAAGACUUCUGGGACAUCCAGUUAAGCGUUAAAGGGAACAAGACUCUGGACGAUAGUUUUAAGUCUUACAUCAACGUUGAGAUUAUGGACGGUGAGAAUAAAUAUGAUGCUGGAGCUCCUCACGGGUUACAGGAUGCCAGAAAAGGCGUCAUAUUCGAAAGCUUCCCCCCUGUCUUGCAUCUCCACCUGCAACGAUACGAAUAUGAUUUUAACCGGGAUGCAAUGAUGAAAAUCAAUGAUCGACAUGAAUUUCCUGAAGAGUUUGAUGCUGCUCCCUACCUCUCUGCGGAUGCGGACAUGUCUGAGCCUUGGGAAUAUAAGCUCUUUGGCGUGCUUGUGCAUAGCGGUGAUCUCAAUGCUGGUCAUUAUUAUGCCUUCUUACGCCCAACCAAGGACGGCCAUUUCUAUAAAUUCGACGAUGACAAGGUGAUUAGGGCAACCGCCAAAGAAACACUAGAAGAGAAUUUUGGAGGAGAGUAUGCGAAUGGAGCCGGGAUGCGCCAACCUUAUACUAGGAAUUACUCGACAAAACGUUCCAUGAACGCGUACAUGUUGGUCUACAUACGAAAAUCGAAAAUCAACGACGUGCUCAUUAGUGUUGGCAAUGAUGAUGUACCCUUCCAUGUUGCAAAACAAGUUGACGAAGAACGUGCCGAGACCAUCAGAAAGAAAAAGGAGCGAGAAGAACAGCAUCUCUACAUGAACAUUGCUGUUGUGUCUGAUGAAACGUUUAGACAGCACCAUAGCUUCGAUCUGAUGAGCACUGAUCUAGAUUCUGGAGAUCCGGCCCUCCCCACUACCUACCGGGUCCGCCGUACCAUGAAAGUUGGCGAGUUCACCAAACUAGUGGCCGAAGAUAAGGGCCUGGAUCCAGAGCGAGUUCGUCUAUGGGCUAUGGUUAAUCGCCAAAAUAAGACAGUUCGCCCCGAUCAGCCUUUACGGGAUCCAGAAGACACUGUUGAAUCUGCUGCUUUCAAGCAAUCUUCAAGAGGUCCUCCUUUUAAGGUGUAUAUUGAAGUCAGAGAACCUGGAGAAGAUGGCAAGGUGGUUUGGCCUGAAACUCAAGGAUCGAAUGCAUCGGUACUCGUCAUACUAAAACAUUUCGAUGCUGCAACCCAAACGCUGUCUGGCGUCGGUCACGUAUUUGUCAAGAAGCAAUCUAAGGUAUCAGAACUGGCUGGCCCAAUACUUCAAAUGAUGAAAUGGCCGACCGGUACAUUGCUCUCGUUAUAUGAGGAAAUCAAACCGUCGAUGAUUGACCAGCUAAAGCCUAAACAGACAUUCCAGGCUUCAGAAAUCCAAGAUGGGGACAUAAUAUGUUUCCAACGAACACAGAGUGACGUAGAGCUGGGACCUAACGUCCUCUACAAGGACGCAACAAAAUACUACGACUACCUCCUAAACCGCGUGAUGAUCAAAUUUGCACCAAUCAAGGCUGAAUCCGAUGAUUCCACUUUUACUCUUGCCCUCAGCCGCAAGAUGAAUUACGAACAGUUCUCUACCAAAGUUGGCGAAUACUUAAAAGUUGACCCGACACACCUCCGCUUCGCGCCCGUUGCCACUAAUACCGGGAACCCCAGGCCGUUUAUUCGACGGAAUGUCGCCCAGACUCUUGCUCAAAUCCUCCACACUCAGUAUUCUGCUUAUGGAAACUCAGGGCAGAGAAAUGAUGCAUUAUAUUAUGAAAUUUUAGAGACCAGCUUGAGCGAAUAUGAAACUAAAAAGUUGCUAAAAAUCAGCUGGCUUCCCGAGGGGAUUGUCAAAGAGCAACCAUAUGAACUUCUUGUACCCAAGCAGGGAAAUGUCGCUGAUAUUCUGCAAGGGCUGCAACAAAAAGCUGGUCUAGAUAACGAAACCAUGCACAAUGUGCGUGUCUUUGAGGCUCAUUACAGCAAAAUGCAGAAAGAAUUAACGGACAAGUUUGCCGUUGCUGGAAUCAUGGACACUAUCUCACUAUAUGCCGAGCCGAUCCCGGAGGAUGAACGGAAUAUGAAAGAGUGCGAUUUCAGGAUAAAUGCAUUCAACUUUGAUAAGGAGCCUAACAAAGAACAUGGCAUACCUUUCAAGUUCGUGGUCAAACCAGGAGAAAAAUUCAGUGAUACCAAGCAACGUCUGUCUAAAAGAACAGGCAUCAGAGGCAAACAGUUUGAAAAGAUCAAGUUUGCAGUUGUAUCUCGUGCAAUGUACUCAAAUCCAAAAUAUCUGGAAGAUGAUGACAUUCUUGCCGAACUCGUUGGCGAUUCCGAUAGCCAACUUGGUCUGAACCAUGUAAAUAAAAAUCGCAAUUUUUUCUCCAAGAGCGACAAUAUCUUCAUUCGAUAG